GCAAGAGCAGGAUAGCCCCUGGAGCCGUCGCAUCCAAGCAGAGUGUGGUUGUCGAGAUCACCAGUCGCUUUGGCAGAUCAUUCACGAGCCGCAAGACACUAGAGGUGAGCAUCGCUGGAAUGUGAGGAUCCGAUGCGAUGCGUGCCACUGUGGAUGUGCUGUGUGCAGGAGAGUCAUAAGUGACCUGGCCAUCGACGCGUCAUUUCAUUAAUUCGCAAAAAGAGUGAGUGAGUGAGUGAGUGAGCGCAAACAUCCGUGUUGCAUCCGGACUUGGUGCCCUGCUGUGCCAGAGCAUCUGUGGGUGCCAAGCGCCGCCGAGUACACAAGAAGGUGCACAAACAUGGCGGGCGUGCUGGCUGUUUGUUGUUGAUUGCGCAAGCACGUGGCCAUGAUCGUCGGCCUUAUCCCAUCGGCUGUCUUAGUCGGCCUUUUCUCAUCGAUUGCACCUUCAUCACGCCCUCCGCGUGUCCUGCAGCUCGCCAAUGGGACGGAUCCAUCCGCUCCCAGCUUAUCACUGGGAGCGCCUUUCAUCUUUUUUCGGAUGCCUUUUAUCGGCUGCGUCGCGUCCUGUGUGUUUGGAUCCGACAGCCCCUUCGUCGUUUUUUAUCUGUGGGGACACUGGGACGGUCUACAGGACCACCGCACGCGUACGGCGGGCUAUCGCCAGCACUUGUACUACUGGGACGCUGUGCUGGCGAUGAGGCGGGUCUUGGUGCUGCCUAUCGCACGGCAAGCGACAGGGCAGCCUGGACAAACUGCAGUUUGCUGUGUGGCCGUUCGACCACGGCCACAUGGAGGGCUAGUGGUGUAGCUCAUGUCGCUGUUUGUCAUGCACUUUGUGGUCAUGUUGCAAGAUGGCGGCUCAUUCGCCUUGACUAUUGGACUUGUUUUGGUGGUGAUUGCUGCCAAUCUGGCGCACUACAUCGCAUUGGUGACGCGGAUAUGGCGAUUUGGUCUGUUGCAAGUGGCCUAUCGAUACACGGCCCUCACCGAUCGGAAGACGGCCAUCGGUGAGCAAUAAAUGACAUACACUCUCUCUCCUUUGUGGAUCGUAUCAUCUUUGUGUUAUUCUUCAGCUCGUUUGAUGUCCGGCUGUCUUGCGGGUCCGCUUGUGUCGUGGCUCAUCCACACAGAAGAGAACAGAAGGCAACGGUCCCCCAAGGUCUUCUAUGACUGGUCCACCGCGGCCCUCUCUGUGGACGGACCCCCUACUGCUGCCUCUGCUGCAUCGGGAAAGUGCGACCCCUCUUUUGGCCGCCCGAUGCAUCGUGUGGUAGCGGCCAUGCAGCUCACGUCAGCCGCCAUUCAGGACGCUGUCGAGACCCUCAAAGUCACACACGUCCCCAGCGACUUGUAAGCUAACGACUCCCUAGUACAGCUCGCCUGUGCGUCUCUUUUGUGUUCCAUUGGUCAGCCACGAGUUUCUAUGGAGCCACGCCGGCAGAAGCGAGUGGAGAUGGACAGCCGACGACAAGGCCAGGUGGUCGUCCACCUGCCGAAACCCGACGACGGCACAGUCACGGUAAGGCAUUGCUGUGGCGGUUGUGAUGGGUAGACACGUACUAUGUGUGUGUUGGCAGGGCUUGCGGGACAUGCGGACGAGCGACCUCUCCCGCGCAUUCGCAAACCAACGCUCCCUAAGACAUGCCGGUCAUCUUGCUGCUUGACAUUGCUACAUACCACAAACAUUGAUUUGUCGUGUGCUGUCGUGUGAUAGUGCUGCCUGCAGUGUCGAGUCGACUGAAGGACAGCAAGGCGUCCGGCGACGGAAGUGCUGCUGAGUGGGCCUCACAGAGUGAUGUACAGCCGACAGACAGGUACAUGGCCAUUGUGUGGAGCGGCCAAUCUGACCCAUCGAUGCUCUCUUUCUGUCAGUAGUCAGCAUUCUGUGGUGUCGCCGGGCAUCACUUUGUACGACCUCCACGCCAACCUCGCCUAUGUGGUGGACGAGCUCGUCACGAGAGAACAGCUGCGCCAGGCGGCACUGCAAAAGGCUGACGGCAGUGACCUGGAGAGGGGUGACGGUAAGGAGCCACCUGACGAGCACCAUCAUGGCAGUGGCGGCUGGCGCGGGCUCUACGAGGCGUUCCGGAAGGCCAAGCAAUCACUCAUCGACGCCGGCAGCCAACCGGUCCGAGCAUGUGCGUGAUCCUUUCCAACUUGCACGUGUGUGAAUGUUUGGUGAUUGCAGGAGGCCGUCCCGGAGGUUCUCGCGACCCUGGCGGCAACGGCGGUCGACACACCACAUGGCGAUGAUGCACUGUGGUCACUGUCGCCCGUCAGCUCAUCCUCGUCGCGUCCGCAGAGCGACCCCCCCGCUGCUGUGCGUGCGCCACUCUGCCAUCUCACGCGGGUCGAUUGGCAUCGGCUCACCACUGACAUUGACAAUACCGUGGCUGCAAUGUCUGUGUCCACCGAGGCCCUUUACGAUGCGUGUAGCGCCCUUUCUGCGCGGGAUGCGGCCAACACAGACGAUUGAUGACGGACGUCACGCUUUUUGCGUGCUCUGAGGCCGCUCGUGCUGUUCACGGCUUUUGUGCAUGUUUCUGCAUACGUGUCGAUGUCGGUAGGUGUCCAAUUUUCCGCAUUUCCAGCUGGAAGUGUCGUAGUCGGCGUUUUUCUGCGGAAGCGCUCGAUUGACAUGACGGAUCCGGAUCGAUCAGUGAAGUGCCGUCCAGCGUUGAGGAAAAAAAAACAAAACAGAUAGAUAUGGAC